AUGUCGUUGGAAGCCAUCGUCUUUGAUAGAUCGGAGCCAGAAAAUGUUUCGGUAAAGGUACUUGAUCAAUUACUUUUACCAUAUACUACUAAAUACGUUCCAAUUCACACAAUUGAUGAUGGGUACUCAGUCAUCAAAAGUAUGCAGGUGAGAGGUGCCCCGGCAAUUGCAAUUGUGGGUUCGUUAUCUGUUUUGACUGAGGUACAAUUAAUAAAACACAACCCAACUUCUGAUGUUGCUACGCUGUAUUCUUUAGUUAACUGGGAAUCUACAAAAACAGUGCUAAAUAAGAGGCUAGAUUUCCUUUUGAGUAGUAGACCCACAGCCGUUAAUUUAUCAAAUUCUCUUGUAGAGAUAAAGAACAUACUGAAAUCCUCAAGUGACCUAAAGGCUUUUGACGGUAGUUUAUAUAAUUACGUCUGUGAAUUGAUAGAUGAGGAUUUGGCGAAUAACAUGAAAAUGGGUGAUAAUGGAGCUAAGUAUUUGAUUGACGUGUUACAAAAGGACGGUUUCAAGGACGAAUUUGCCGUUCUGACGAUUUGUAAUACUGGAUCCUUAGCAACCUCUGGAUAUGGCACGGCUUUAGGUGUUAUCCGUUCUUUGUGGAAGGAUUCACUUGCUAAAACCGACAAGGCAGACUCGGGAUUGGACAAUGAAAAAUGCCCGAGGAUGGGCCAUGUCUUCCCACUGGAAACUAGACCUUAUAAUCAAGGGUCAAGGCUAACAGCAUACGAGCUAGUUUAUGAUAAGAUUCCAUCAACUUUAAUUACUGAUAGUUCCAUCGCGUAUAGAAUUAGAACUAGUCCAAUUCCAAUCAAAGCAGCAUUUGUUGGAGCUGAUAGAAUUGUUCGUAAUGGGGAUACAGCAAAUAAAAUUGGUACUUUACAACUUGCUGUAAUUUGUAAGCAGUUCGGAAUUAAGUUUUUUGUAGUAGCUCCCAAAACAACUAUCGAUAAUGUAACCGAAACUGGCGAUGACAUUAUUGUGGAAGAACGUAACCCUGAGGAAUUCAAGGUUGUUACUGGUACAGUAAUUAAUCCUGAAAAUGGUUCCUUGAUAUUGAAUGAGUCAGGAGAGCCAAUCACUGGAAAGGUCGGUAUUGCCCCUCUUGAAAUCAAUGUCUGGAAUCCAGCCUUCGACAUUACUCCACAUGAGCUUAUUGACGGAAUUAUCACAGAAGAAGGUGUAUUUACCAAAAAUUCCAGUGGUGAAUUUCAACUGGAAAGCCUUUUCUAG